UUGUGUCGUCACUCAGGCAACAUGGCGGCCUCCGUGAGACUGCUGGUGCGCAGAGUGACCCGUCUCUCCCACGGACAUGUCACCGUCUGUCCCUCGGGUCCCUCGGGUCCCUCGGGUCGUUGUUGUUGGGCUCCGUCGUCGUGUCGAUGUUUCAGCGAUGACAGAAACACGCACUUCGGCUUCGAGACGGUGCCGGAGGCCGAGAAGGCGAAGCGAGUGUAUAAGGUGUUUGAGAACGUGGCCCAGAACUAUGACGUCAUGAACGACGCCAUGAGUCUUGGCAUCCAUCGACUGUGGAAGGACACGCUGCUGCACGUCAUGAACCCACAGCCCGGCGCUCGACUGCUGGACGUGGCGGGUGGAACAGGAGACAUCGCCUUCCGUUUCCUGGAGUACAUCCGCUCUCAGCGAGAGCGGCAAAGGCGGCAUGUGGCGCGGUCCAUGCAGGCGCUGUCGUGGAAGGACAUUUCCGACGUCUACGCCGCAAGGGAGGGGGGCGAGGACGGGCCCCGGGAGUCCAGGGCCGUGGUCUGCGACAUAAACAAGGAGAUGCUGAAAGUAGGCAAGCAGAAAGCCGACAGCAUGGACAUGAGCGCUGGGCUGUCGUGGGUGGUGGGGGAUGCGGAGGAGCUGCCUUUUGAUGACGAGCAGUUUGACAUUUACACCGUCGCCUUUGGCAUUCGCAACGUCACUCACAUAGAUCAGGCACUCCAAGAGGCUCUGCGGGUCCUGAAGCCCGGCGGCAGGUUCAUGUGUCUAGAGUUCAGCAAAGUGAGAGAUCCUGUAUUGGCGAGGCUUUAUGACACGUACAGUUUCAAGAUAAUCCCAGUUUUGGGAGAGGUGAUAGCAGGAGACUGGAAGUCCUACCAGUAUCUGGUGGAAAGUAUCCGCAGGUUCCCGGACCAGGAGGAGUUCAAACGUAUGAUCGAGGACACGGGUUUCUACUGCGUGCGGUACCACAACUUGACCGGCGGAGUCGUGGCUCUUCACUCCGGUUACAAGCUUUGAGAUUCACGUCGAAAAACUAAAACACUAAAAAGGAAAAAAAAGAGACUAGCUCUGCGUUUCAGGCUGUGUUACUGCCUGUCUGACAGACUGUCUGCAGAGUUCUCGGGACGGAGCAUGAAGCCCAAGAGAAAUUCUCUCUGCAGGUUCCACUGCACAAUGACAGAAAAUCGGAGGUCAGUGGACGUAUUAAUUAUAUAUAUUUUUUCUGCUUGUGAAAAUUGUUGUUAAUAUCGCCAUCAGGACAAGAAAUGUUUUCACGGUAACUGCGGAAUUACUGUUGAAAGCCCAGUGAGUGAAACCAUUUGAGUCCAUCUGUUUUGAAUAUAAUUUUAUCCACAAUGGAUAAUAAAACCUGCAAAUGUU